AGGGACAGAGAGAAGAAGUAAGCCACAGGCCCUGGAGGAAGUGAGACGCUUGCCCCUGCCUCCCGGGCGGCCCCUGCCGAUUUGCUCUGGAACCCGGGACCACCAGCGCUUGAGCCCGUGGCCUUUGUUUCCCUGAGUGAAGGAAGCAGCCAGGGCCGGCAAGGCAGCGAUGGAGCCGGAGUCCCUCUACAACCUGCUGCAGAUCCCCGGGAAGGUGGACCCACCGGCGGAGGAAGAGCUCUCACAAGGAGAGAAGAGGAAGUUCCUGCCCCCCACUUCCCGGAAUAACCCCAAAUUUGAAGAAUUGCAAAAGGUGUUGAUGGACUGGAUCAACGCCGAGCUCCUCCCGGAGCACAUCGUGGUCCGCAGCCUGGAGGAGGACAUUUUCGAUGGGCUCAUCCUGCACCACCUUUUCCAGAAGCUGAGCGGACUCAAGCUGGACGUGGAGGAGAUCGCCUUGACCGCAGCCAGCCAGAGGCGCAAGCUCACAGCGGUCCUGGAGUCUGUGGGCCAGAGCCUGCAGGUGGAGGAGCCACAGGCCAAGUGGAGUGUGGAGAGUAUCUUCAGCAAGGACCUGCUGGCCACCCUGCAUCUCCUCGUGGCCCUGGCCAAGCGCUUCCAGCCCGACCUGCCCCUCCCGACCAACGUGCAGGUGGAGGUGAUCACCAUGGAGCGCACCAAGAGCGGCCUGAAGUCAGAGAAGUCGGUGGAGCAACUGACUGAGUGCGGCACAGACAAGGACCAACCAUCAAAGGACGUCUUUGAUGAAUUAUUUAAGCUGGCUCCAGAGAAGGUGAACGCUGUCAAAGAGGCCAUCGUGAAGUUCGUCAACCAGGAGUUGGACCGCCUGGGCCUGUCAGUGCAGAAUCUAGACACUCAGUUUGCAGAUGGCGUCAUCUUACUCUUGCUGAUUGGACAGCUGGAAGGCUUCUUCCUGCACUUGAAGGAAUUCUAUCUCACUCCCAGCUCUCCUGCAGAAAUGCUGCACAACGUCACCCUGGCCCUGGAGCUGCUGAAGGAAGAAGGCCUCCUCAGCUACCCCGUCAACCCCGAAGACAUCGUGAACAAGGAUGCCAAGAGCACGUUGCGGGUCCUCUACAGCCUGUUUCGCAAGCACAAGCUGAAAGAAAGCACAGAUGGGGUGCCCCAGAGGUCCCCAAAUUAAUCGUCACAGCCCCCAAAGCUGUUCCUCACGGCCUGCCUGCCAGGCCCAGCCGGAGCGCCCUGGGCCGCGCGGGGGCUCCUUGUGGUCCAGCCAGCCCUGGGCCUCCCAAUCUUGUUCUGUGCGUCUGUGGCAUGCCCGCCCCGCCUCUGUCUCCUGUUUCCAUCCUUCUGAAUAUCUUUGAACCCAAUUAGGCGUGGUUUCGUGCUGAGCUAACCUCUGAUCUCGCUUGGUUUAUUUUAACAAAUGGAUCUCUGGGAGGGAUGUGGGGAGCCUGCCAGUGUCCUGGGAAGGUCCCCCUUAAAUAUGCAUGGAUAUGAGCUGAGCCCCAAUGCAGGCUCCCGCCCCGCGGGGCAGGCCCCCAGGGGUUCAGGAGCUGGCUGCCGGGGCCACCGCCGAGGCAGCUGCAAGGGGCCUGGCGGUACUGACCUUCAGGGGGGCUGAGGGGCUGACCCUGGAGUAGGGGGGCCCUCAGCCAUCAGUGCUGACCUGACAGCAGGGACCCGCCUGCCGCACUCAGUUACUGGUGUCCACCUGCCUCUCAUGUGGGGGUGACGGGCCCAGGAUCACCCUCCAGAGGCUGGAGUCCCACGUGGCUCCGAAACCAGGCCCUCAGGAAAGUCAGUUCAGUUACUUGCCAGAGGAGCCAAGGCCCAGGCCCACCCCACAGCCACGAUGGUGAGUUUCACCUGAAAGUCACAGAGAAGAGGCCCUCGUGGCUGGUUAGCAGGUCAGAUGGACUCCCUGUCUGUCCCCAGGGAGCUGCCCUAUCACUCUCUCCAAGGAGACUCGGCACUUGCUGUCUAUGUUUCUCGAAGCAGAAGCCCCUGUAGCAGGAUGGAACAGGGGUUCCUGGAGCUGACAGCGGAUGGGAACAAACCUGGAGGAGGCUCCGCGGGUGGGAGUGAGGGUCGGUGGGCAGGGCCGGGGGGCUGGAUCCGGCUGGCCCUGGGCUCCUCCCCUGCCCUCCCAGCUCUGGGUCUCUGUAAAGGACGGAGCCCACUAGGUCUGAAGUUGUCACCGUUUGACAGCCUUGGAUCUGGGGAGGGGCUGUCUUUGGGGCAAGGGGCUGACGUGGGCCAGGCCCUCUUUGCCCGACCAUCGAGUGGAGCUCGGAGGAUGUGCUCUGUAUGGGGAGUGACUGACACCACGAGCCCUUGGAGCUGGUGUCUGAGUGUGAGAUAGUCUCAGGGUGGUCUUACCUCCACCCCACCCCCAUCCACCUGCUCCCCUCCAACUCACAGGUAAUUAGGAUGAGGGUGGGGCUGUGUGAUGGGAUUAGCAUCCUUAGAAGAAAAGAGAGAUCAGACCGGUCUCUGCCCUGUGAGGACGUAGCAAGAAGGUGGCCGUCUGCAAACCAGGAAGAGGGGCCCUCACCAGGUAUCGAAUCAGCGGGGACCUCCAUUCUGGACUUCCCAGGUGUCAGAACUGUGAUAAAUAAAAGUCUGCGUUUUGGUUUUUCUUUUUUAA